AAUCAAAGCAAACGCGCUUUUAUAUAAUGUUAAGUUAAGCGUUCUGCACAUUCAACGUCAAUUUCAAUUCAUUUUCAAGCGAGAUUAUUUUGUACGUAAUAAUCUUAAACAUCCAUCAUGCUGUUCGGAGAUUGAACAUAAAACACUUUACGGAACGAUAUUAAGACAACACUUCAAAUAAUUUGUUAGCUGUUUUUCAAAAAUAAGAAUUAAGUUGAUACGUUUAAUGAUUUUCUUGCUACGAUGGACAAAAUCAGUGGCGUUAUUGGAUCAGUUUCUGUUGCCAAAGGAAGAAGUGAUGAUGAUUUCUCGGACAGACUCUCUUACCGGUUCACAACGAGUUUUCUGAUUGUUUUUGCAAUUCUGGUGACGACCAAGCAAUUUGUAGGCGAUCCCAUUCAAUGUUGGGUUCCCGCUCACUUCACCAUGAACCACGAGGAGUACACGAACGAUUACUGUUGGAUCAGGAAUACUUAUUACUUGCCGUAUGAUGAGUACGUCCCUAAAGAGCACGAGAGGGAAAAGCGCCAGAUGAUUCCUUAUUACCAAUGGAUGCCAUUGAUUCUGCUCGUUCAAGCCUUAAAUUUCUAUCUACCUAUUCUUCAGUGGAGAACUUUCAAUAAAAGGUCGGGAGUUGAUGUGAACAACAUAGUGGAAGCAGGCAAGAAGUUCAUCGAUGCAGAACACGUGGACAAGAGAAACAGUACUUUGGAAUACAUGGCGCAUCAAAUGGACAGAUACUUAUCAAGUCAGAAUAUUUACAAAACAGAGUGCACUCUCAGUUUGAAACAUCUCUUCACUCGAAUAUGUUGCAAAAUUUGUGGCAGAAACUACGGAAACUACCUUGUCACCUUGUACAUCUCCACCAAGAUUUUGGUUCUUAUCAACGUCAUUGGUCAGCUCUUCUUGUUAGACACGUUCCUCGGGAUCGAUUUCCAUAUUUACGGUUUGCAAGUGUUGGCUUCGGCACUGAGAGGCGAAGAUUGGACCAUUUCGCCGAGAUUCCCGCGCACGACCAUGUGCGAUUUCAAAGUUCGCCGACUAGGAAAUGUUCAACGUUACACCGUGCAAUGCGUCCUGCCGAUUAAUCUUUUCAACGAAAAAAUUUAUCUCUUUCUCUGGUUUUGGAUGGUGUUCGUGGCCCUGAUGACUUCCAUCUCGUUGGCCACCUGGAUUUUGAGAGUGGGUUUCCGCAUCGAUAGGCAUCGCUACAUCAAAAAACAUUUGAAGCUGAUGAAUAAACUGUCGAAAGAUUGGGACAAGCGAUUUGCUAUAAAUUUUGUAGAUGAUUAUCUGAGACAAGACGGAGUUUUUGUGAUGAGACUCGUUGGCCACAACACUAAUGCAUUGACUGUUACUGAGUUUGUUUGUUGUCUCUGGGAUCACUACAAAGCAAAAUGUCUGACGCAAGAUACUUCGCCUGAAAAAAAAGUUCUUGAAGUUGAUGUUUGAUCGUGGAAAAAUUAAAUUCAUAUUUGAAUGCUUUCUUCAAAUAUCAUCGUUGACUGAGAUAUGUUCUAGCUUUAUAAGAACUUUUUAAAUUUUAUUUCAAAAUAACUUUUAAUUUUAUUUGAUUCGAAUGUUUUUGACUAAUCAAACGCAAUAUUGAAACUUGAAAUUGAAUGCCGUCUAGCGGAGCGGAGCAAUUUAAACUUUUCUGCAGCUGGUGAUAGUUGCUUACGAGAUCAUUUUUACCGUUUUUGCUUUUGUGUAGUCAAUUUUCACCUCAACUUUAAAACGCCAACCAUUUUUUUUGCAAUAAUAAUAUUAUCUCUAAAUUUAUUGAAUUGGCUAAAAAAAUAUUUUGAUGGAAAAUUUAAAUAGUUUUUGCAACUUUAAAUAAAUAUGAAUAACUUGAAAGUU